GCACACACUAUAUAGGUCCGGUCCCCUUUAUAAAGCCCCUGCAGUUACCAAACUCUGAUGAAUGAUGAUCAAUGUUACAGACAUGGACUUACUGAGCCUGUUUCUAAUCUCCCUGCUCCUGGCUGGGCACAGUUCUGCUCAGCAACCUACUGAGAGGCAAACCUUCACGUGUGGUGGGAAUCUCACUGGAGACACAGGAGUACUGGGAAGUGAAGGGUUUCCUGGAGUUUAUCCACCAAACAGCAAAUGCACAUGGAAGAUUACAGUGCCAGAGGGUAAGGUGGUUGUCCUGUCUUUCCGUUUCAUUGACUUGGAAAGUGAUAACUUAUGCAGAUAUGACUUUGUGGAUGUAUAUAAUGGUCAUGCAAAUGGGCAGCGUAUUGGACGGUUCUGUGGCACAUUUAGGCCUGGAGCUCUUGUAUCCAACAGCAACAAGAUGUUGGUCCAAAUGAUUUCAGAUGCCAACACAGCUGGGAAUGGUUUCAUUGCAAUGUUUUCUGCAGCAGAGCCAAAUGAGAGAGGAGAUCAGUACUGUGGCGGACGCCUGGAUAAACCUACAGGGUCUUUUAAAACCCCUAACUGGCCAGAUCGUGACUAUCCUGCUGGGGUCACUUGUGUAUGGCAUAUUAUUGCUCCAAAACAUCAGGUGAUAGAGGUAAAGUUUGAAAAGUUUGAUGUGGAACGUGAUAAUUACUGCCGCUAUGAUUAUGUGGCUGUGUUUAAUGGAGGAGAAAUCAAUGAUGCCAAGAGGAUUGGAAAAUUCUGCGGAGAUAGUCCACCUGCGCCCAUUGUAUCUGAACGAAAUGAACUCCUCAUUCAGUUCUUGUCUGAUUUAAGUUUAACUGCAGAUGGUUUCAUAAGCCAUUACAAAUUCAGACCCAAAAAGUUACCCACAACCACAGCCUCUCCUGUUACCACAGCUGCCCCUACAACCGCAAAUCUAAAACCAACCGUUGCACUUUGCCAACAAAAAUGCAAAAGGACUGGGACUUUGGAGAGCAAUUACUGUUCAAGUAACUUUGUGAUAACAUGUACUAUUAUCACAACACUUAGCAGAGGAGGCAGUGUGUAUGCAACUGUGUCUAUUAUCAAUGUUUACAAGGAAGGAACCUUGGCAAUCCAGCAAGCUGGCAAGACUAUGAGCGCCAAGAUCAUGGUGGUUUGCAAGCAGUGCCCACUUAUACGAAGAGGGUUAAAUUACAUCAUCAUGGGGCAGGUUGAUGAGGAUGGCCGGGCCAAAGUUUUCCCAAACAGUUUUGUCAUGAGUUUCAAAACAAAGAAUCAGAAGAUGCUGAACUCUUUGAAAUCGAAGAGAUGUUAGAGGCUUAGCAGUAUUGCAUUACUAUCAGCUACUGAGACUGUACUUGCCCUGUUUCAGGAGCCAGAUGAUAUGGAUCUCGUUUAAAUCCAGCAGAAUUGAAGAUGCAUAUUUUACAAAAACAAAUUCUAUGCUCCUCCAACAAGGAAUGUGCUCCCAUAUAAGCUUCUCCCAUUGAGAUUGUAAACUGAACUGUUCUAGGUUCUGACUACUUUAUAGCUGUUUAUUUAUAUAUUUUAACCCGCUAAGGAUCAGUGACAUUCAAUGCUGUCAUUCCAAUCUGGUCCUUAGAUAUCUUUGGGAAUGAACAUGAUUGUGGUUCUUCCAAGUUAUUAGGGUUUUGUUUUUUUCACAGGUCCCCACUGGUUAUAUGGGGGCCAUAUGGACCAUACGCCUAUAUAUUGUUUGUUUGUGAAAAGGCUGGGAUGGCCCUUGAGAGGUGCCUCAUGAGUAUUUUAAGAUCACUUAGUUCUUCCUUUGAUGUUGGCUCUGACUGAACCAUUGCCAACAAAAAAGAAAAGUAGUAAGUUUGUAGUAUACCCCAUGGGAAUAAAAAUAUAAAAUGUUAGAAAAAAAAAAAAACUUAAAGGUAUACUAUAGAGCUAGAAUUACAAAUUUGUAUUCCUAGCACUAUAUUAACCUCUGGCUUCCCCUCCCUCGCGCCUCCCAUCCCCUACGCUCAUUAAGCAUUGACUCAAUGCUUUCCUAUAUGAUUUGACUGACAUGCAGAGCGUGAGGACAUCCAAUGUCAAUAAGUCAACCAAAAGUCGCCUAACAAGCAGGAAGUGCCUCUAGUGGCUGUCUGAUUGACAACCACUAGAUGCAGUCUUUGUCCUUCAUUGCAGUUUAUCUAAUACUACAAUUGUUUCCUUUUCAGGACUAAGUGUGACAGGGACAUUGCACCCAUAUCACUUCCUUUUAAAAAGGGCGAUUGGAAGAAAUAAAUAGAUUUGCCACAAACAGGGUUAUUUACAAAAGUGAGAAUUGUCAAAUUGAAUUCAAAGUGAAUUUAAAAUUUUAAACCAAGCUGAAGAAUAUUUCCAAUUCAGCUUCUAUAGCCUUAAAUUUAAAAUUCCCUUUGAAUUCACAUUGAAUUCCCAACAAUUCUCACUUUAGUAAAUAAAGCUGAACAUGUCAGAUGCCUAAGAUUGCUAUGACAUUAUAGAUUGUUAGAGGUCCUUAAGGGUUAAAAUCAUGAGAAUGUGUUUUUUUUUUGUAAUGACUAAUGUGGUGAUGUAACAAAAUUUAAAGUGCAAUAUUUAUAAAUUUAUGUCUUUUUUUUUUUAUUGCUGAGCAUUUUUCAGUGUAAUAAAGAUUUUGACACUGGUUUGUGCAUAUAGCUUAUGCUUAAAUUAUAUAUGAGAUUGCAUUAGACCACAUGGUGAAUCUAUCUAAUAGUGUAGUGGAGUUGGGUUUUUCCUCUCCCCUCAUUGUUCCUUCUAAACUUACCUUUGCCUUCUCUCUAUUUUUCAUCUUUUGAAGUCCACUCUGUUUCUUCAAUUCUCUCUCAGCACGUGUUGCCAUUACCUACCAUCAAUCUGGCUCUCAUCUACUCUUCCUUGAUCAUUUUC